UUCAUGAAGCAGCGCUCAGUGUUGCAGUGUGGGGCAGAGGGCUGGGGUGUGGAACGAGUGCAGACUCUGCCAGCAACCGAUAAUACGACGGAGAUACAACAACUUCAAGAGAAGAUGGACAGACUUGAGCAGGCGCUGAUUGAAGAACGCUCUGCCCGACAAACCAUAGAGAAAGACAUUUGGAAGGCCAUCGGUGGACUGCAGCAGAACGUCUCUCGGCUCGAGGAGAAAUGCGACCGUCUGAUAAAGGCUACUUGUAAGUGCCAGACAAAGACUACUGGCAACCUUCAGCAAGAGGAGACAUGCGAACUUCAGCAAGAAGAGACAAACAACCGUCAGCAAGAGGAGACAUGCGAACUUCAUCAAAACGUGAUGAGCAACCGUCAGCAAGGUGACGGUGUGGACGUCAUCACUCCGCCGGACGACGCUUCCAGCAAGAGUGACGUCAUCAAGUCUGAAGACGUCACGACCGGGGCGGUGCCGGCGAGCGGCGACCUAAGGAAGUCUGAAUUCAGCGGGGCAAACAUCUACCACAUUCAUGGAGCGAACCUACUGAAGAUGGUGCUGAGCAAGAUGGAUUGCUGGGAGAUGAUCCGCGCUAGACGGGUCUGUCGGAGCUGGCGGUCCGCCGUCGACGAUAUCGUCGACGACUGUCGGAGGAAGAUCGCCGACCGGACCGCUGGCGGUGGUAGAGCCCCUGAGCCGGCCACGGCGCUAGAGCUGAUGGUGACGGCAAAAGACAAGCCGGAAAUGACCUCACUGAAGGCGCCGACCGCUGAGACGGACACCGACAUCCGACUGGUCGCGAACAGUUGCCACGCCCUGCAGACAGCCGACCUGCGCGGCUUCAAGCUGAAAGCCUCUGCCCUGCGUCGGUUGCUGCGUGCCAACGCCUCCAGUCUGUGUGAGCUGACGCUGCCGGCCGGCGUCAGCAACUGGCAGCUGGAGACGCUGCUGAAGCCACUGGAGACUCUAAAGGCACUAAAUCUGAGCCUACCCGUGGACAGCACUGGCAAGUGGCUGUGGCUUCUGCCCAAGUCGCUGUGGAGACUUGACAUCACUGGGCCGGGAAUGACUCGGUCACCAGUGAACUCUGGUUAUAGUAAACUGAGUGUCGGUGUACAGCUAGCAACCGACAAACUCCUGGACCAGCUGAGCGUUCUGUCGAACCGACAACCCGCUUACCAAGUUACCCAUCUGACCAUACUUGAAACACCGUCCGUGACACCGGGAGCACUGGCACGUCUUCUGGCUUCCUUCACCAGCUUGAAGUACGUCAAACUUGGCACGGUCGGUGCCACUUUGGAAACUACGCUGGCCGCCCUCCACGGCUGCUCUGAGUUGAAGACCCUGCAUCUCACAGACCCGCGGCCCCUCACGGACAUCCCUGCCCUGACCGAGUCAGAGGUGGUAGCGGUCAGCAGGAUGGCAAAGGCCUGCAGGAAACUGCAGUAUCUGUACCUAACCUCCCCAGCAGUAAACUGCCAGGCCGUCCUGACCGCCCUGCUGAAGACAGAGCUGGGCCGUACCAUCGAGCUCCAUGUCCCCAGGGCUGUACUUGGACGGCUUAGCCAACCGCCCAACGGCAGUAACGUCCGCGUGGGUUACUUGGGCUAAACCCCCAUCAGGCCGGUGCCUCGCCGGCUGCCGUGCCGGCGGUGGUGUCCAAUUCCGACAACAGAUGGCAGCACCGUCUCCCGUCGGCAGCGCCGCACUUUGAGUCGUCCCGCCUGGCCUGAAACACGGCCAUUUUAUCGCUGCAUUCGAGACCAGGAAACCCCACGGAAAGGGCAUAUCAUAGAUAGUGGUUAUGUGACACGUUCCAACACAGAGGUUUGUGGUUUUGUAAGUACGUUCUAGCGCGGGGUUUUGUGUCGCUAUUGUAGGUCCCCGGUUCGGGUUAUCCAGAGCACACAUGUAGCUUACGUUGAUAAUUCUGCGUUAUAUAGCCAGCUUGUUCACUAAUCGAGACAAUUACACGGCCUGGAUUGCCGUCCAGCCAUCGGAGAGAGCCUUUGUGACCGUGACGUCACGUGUGUGCUUCCGUUGUUCAGCUGAGUCGUGACUCACAGUGACUCUGUUUGGUGGCGAGUCACGACCGAGUGUGAAAUACACGGCUGUUAAUCGCG